AUGACGUCCCCAAGCGACUCAACACCAACCGUCGACCCGGUCUCCGCCCCGAUCCUCUUUCGCACAAAGAAGAAGCGCAAAGCAGGCCUCCGUCAACGCGCCGCAUCACCCGCCGAAGACACCCCGAUCGCCUCCGCUUCCCCAGUAGCUCGGAACGCUACACCCCUGGACCAAAUUAACGCAUCUGUACCGACGAAACCUGCCCCUGACGCAGUGGCCAUCGCCGAUGAAGAUAACGAAUCCCACAUCCCCUCCGCUCUCCGACAUCGCUCCCGCAAGCGCCUCAAUGGCGUGGGCUUCUCCGCGCGCGGAAGCACAGUCGCUGCAGCGGUUUCAACAGACGACGCGGAUCCCCUUUCCUUAAUUUCAUCGUCGCGCGCUGUGGUGCCCGCCGCAGCAUCCCCUCCGGACGACGAACCCGUCAUCGCGAAGCGCUUCGCGCCGCAGACGGGCACCGCGGCCGCUACCAUCGUCAACAAACACAUGAUGGAAUACAUAGAAUCCCACCUCUCUAACCGCAAAUCCCCCGUCACGCAAUCUACGACAAACCCACCGUCAUCCGCGCUGACGACUUCACAAUCAUCCGCAUCCGCGUCCUCCAUUGCACCACCGCCGCCGCCGCCGCCGCCGCCGCCAUUACCCACCACCGACCCUGGUCCGAAGAAUCACCCCAUCAUGCAGGGCAAACUUAUAGAGGUUGAUCUCGGCGACGAGGCUCGCGCCCGCAACAAGGCCAUGACCGAAAAGGCCGCCCGCCGUCUUCUCGGCGAAGUUGACGGUGCGGACACCGACACCCCAGACGGCCGGAGAGCGAAGAAGCCCCGCCUCGGGAGAGACGGCAAACCCUGGCGCCCCCGGAACCGCCGCAAUAGCGACGACAUCAAGCGGGACCAGCUCGUCGAGGAGAUUCUGCGCGAGAACAGGCUCGACGUCUACGAUGUGCCCAAACCUCUACAGCCCCAGUAUGACGGCGACGGCGACGCGGACGACCGCAUCGCCGAAGAGUUCCGGCGCGAGUUCAUGGAUGCCAUGGUCCAGCGGCAUCAGAAGAAGAAAACGACCGCGGCGGCGGCCCGCGCGGGGGCUCGCAAGGCGGACGAUGAGGUGCUCAAGGGUCCCAAACUGGGUGGCAGUCGCAACUCCAGAGCUGCCAUGCGCGACUUGCUCCUGAAGAAGGAAAAAGAGAAGGAGUCAAGAAGAUGA